CAAUGCCGUCCCUUCAUCCUGCUGGUCCAGUUUGUGGAUCAUUGCUCCAAACACUCGCAAGAUCAUCCGGAGGUCAUGACCUACCUGCAGACCAGAUACUCCAAGGCGCUGCCGACCUUCCUGACAUCGGUGGAGUUCCGUAACACUCUGGGCCGCUGCCUCACACGAGCCCAGGCCAACGCUGGCAAAACCUUCGUCUUCAUUAACGAACUCUGCACCGUUCUUAAACAGCACACAGCUCGGAAAAGGAGCUCCAUACAGGCUGUGCCCUCCCAAACAAAACCUGAGCAAAAGAGCAAUGGGACAAAUGUAGCGGAGGAGGUGCAGGUUAAAGGAGAAGAGGAAAAGCAAGAGGGCGACGAGGAAACGAAGAAAACGAAAAGGGCUUCAAGGAGACAGAUAGCAUACCUGGAAAACUUGCUGAAGGUGUAUAAUGAGGAGAUCCGACGGCUUCAGGAGCGCGAGCUGAACGUGGAGGAUCUGGAGAAGGAGGACUCCAGUUAUAUUCAGGAGCACAAGCUCAAACGCAAGAUGAUGAAGAUCUAUGAGAAACUGUGUGAGCUGAAGGGCUGCAACAUGCUGACGGGGCGAGUGAUCGAGCAGAAGAUUGCCUACAGUGGAACACGAUACCCAGAGAUCAACAAAAAGAUUGAACGUUAUAUUAACAGUCCAGAAGCUCUUUAUAAUCUGCCGGACUACACGGAUAUCCUGAAGGUGGCUCAGCGCGCCAACGAACGCUACAGUCUCCAGCUCACCCGCAAACAGAUAACACAAAUCGCUCAAGAAGCCUUCAGAGAGACGGGCAACAAACUGCAGGAGAGACGCCAUCUUGACAUGGUCUACAACUUCGGCUCCCACCUCACAGAUUCCUACAAACCCACGUUAGACCCUGCACUCACUGAUCCAGCACUGCAUCGCAAGCUCCGCUCAAACAGAGACGUGGCUCUCAGCAGCCUGGAGGACGUGAUCACCAAAUACGCCAAUAAACAGGAAGACGUGGAGGUAGAGGAAGUGAGGAAGAAACAAGAAAGAGACAGACAGAAAAAGGAGGCACUUAAUGGGCAGCAGAGUGACAGCAAAGAAAAAGAGAGGGAGGAACAGGAAGAAAAAGAGGAGGAGGAAGAUGAAGAAGAGGAUGAUUCCUCUGAUCCUGACAUUGAAGAGGAGAUCCAAGCCAGUCAAGAGCAAGCUGGUCCAGAUGAUGAUGAAGAGGACGUUGAAGAGGAGCAGUUGAACACCAGUGACAAUGAUCAGCCGAUGGAUGAGAACUCUCCUCUGUCAAUCAAAUCAUCCGUGCAGGACACAGAGGAGGAUCAGGGCGAUGACGACCAGCGGUCUCCAGCCAGCAGCUCACAUGAGGAGGGACCUGUGGAAACGAGCACAAACGGCAGACCUGUGAAACAAAGCCCUUCAUCCACAGAGAGCGUCAGUCAGUCAGAGACCAUGGACCGGUUGCCUGUCAGCAAAACAGAACUGAUUUCUACUAAUCACAUUAAAUCUGUUUCUGAAAGCACGGCUAACUGCACUGAGACUCUCUCCACCGAUCAGGACUCGCCGUCAACCCCCAUGAGAUCAGCCAACUGCAGUCCUCUACCUCCAACAAGCCCUUUACUGAUCGACGAGAUGGGCAACUACAAGAAGAGGAAACGACCCUCGACUGGAAACCAAACGGCCACCUACAAUGGGAACUGCACACAUGACAGUGAUAUUCCUCUGGAUAUGGGUGUGAUCUGCUGCCCUGGGGAAGUAGACUUGACCAGGACGAUGGUCAGAAACGCACGAGCCACACCACCUCCUAAGAAAAAUAAGGUGAACGUGGCGACUCAGUGUGACCCAGAGGAAGUGAUCGUUCUGUCUGAUUCAGAUUGAGUUCUCAUCCUGCUCCAAUAGUGCCUGCCAAUGUGAACAGAGAACAAAAAAAACCUCUUUUUUUAUUUUGGACUGGUUCAAUCAGGUUUUGAACUUCCGCCACUGAGACGCAAUGCCACCGUUUACUUUUUAUACAAGGAAAAAUGGCAUGCCGUUAUUCAUUCAGGCUUUUUAGAGGUAUUUUGGUAAAUUGUAAAUGGGUCUUGCCUCUAAACAUUCUUACUACAAGGGUUUAUCUUGUAUUAUAUUUAUGGUUUUAGUUUGAGGGUUUGGAUGCAAUCCUCAUUUGUGCUUGGAGUCAUGACGGGAAGUGAGCUUUCUCUCCUCAACUCA